AUCAAGGGGGGCCUGGCUCGUUAGGGCAGGGGAUCCGAGCAGGGCAGGACAUGUGAGAUAGUCACAGUUUUCCAGAGAUCACGACAAGAUCUAACCAGUCGCGCGUGGACCCCGGCGCCGGAGCGGGCCAGUCCAGCCCAGUCCCGCGCGAAGGCCCCGUCGCCCCCACGCCCAGAGCCCCGCGCCCCUCGCCGUGCGCUGGACCGGGAGCCAGGAGGAAUCGCCACCGCGCCUGCCGUCCGGGUCGCCCUUCCUCCGCGCGCGCCGCCGCCCGGGCCGGGGGUCCGAGCCGCGCGCCCCCGGCCCCGGCACCCCGGCGCCUGGGCCGGAUGUCCCGAUGAAAGAGCCGGCGCUGACGGCCAGCGCCAUGGCUUACCACCCGUUCCACGCGCCGCGGCCUGCCGACUUCCCCAUGUCCGCUUUCCUGGCGGCGGCCCAGCCCUCUUUCUUCCCGGCACUCGCGCUGCCGCCCGGCGCGCUGGCCAAGUCGCUGCCCGACCCGGGCCUGGCGGGGGCGGCGGCCGCGGCAGCAGCGGCGGCGGCAGCGGCUGCUGAGGCUGGACUGCAUGUCUCGGCGCUCGGCCCGCACCCGCCCGCCGCGCAUCUGCGUUCACUCAAGAGCCUGGAGCCCGAGGAUGAGGUCGAGGACGACCCCAAGGUGACGCUGGAGGCCAAGGAGCUGUGGGACCAAUUCCACAAGCUGGGCACCGAGAUGGUCAUCACCAAGUCCGGGAGGCGGAUGUUUCCUCCCUUCAAGGUGCGGGUCAGCGGCCUGGACAAGAAGGCCAAGUACAUCCUGCUGAUGGACAUUGUGGCCGCUGAUGAUUGCCGCUAUAAGUUCCACAACUCCCGCUGGAUGGUGGCCGGCAAAGCCGACCCGGAGAUGCCCAAACGCAUGUACAUCCACCCUGACAGCCCAGCCACAGGCGAGCAGUGGAUGGCCAAGCCUGUGGCCUUCCACAAACUGAAGCUGACCAACAACAUCUCGGACAAGCACGGCUUUACCAUCCUGAACUCCAUGCACAAGUACCAGCCACGCUUCCACAUCGUGCGAGCCAAUGACAUCCUGAAGCUGCCCUACAGCACCUUCCGCACCUACGUGUUCCCGGAGACCGACUUCAUCGCCGUCACUGCCUACCAGAACGACAAGAUCACGCAGCUGAAGAUCGACAACAACCCGUUCGCCAAGGGCUUCCGGGACACCGGGAACGGCCGGCGGGAGAAAAGGAAGCAGCUGACGCUGCCGUCUCUGCGCUUGUACGAGGAGCACUGCAAGCCCGAGCGCGACGGCGCCGAGUCGGACGCCUCAUCCUGCGACCCUCCCCUCGCACGGGAGCCGCCACCCUCUCCCGGAGCAGCACCUAGUCCCCUGCGCCUGCACCGGGCCCGAGCUGAGGAGAAGUCGUGCGCCGCGGACAGCGACCUGGAGCCAGAGCGGCUGGGCGAGGAGCGCCUCGGAGUGGCUCUAGGCCGCAACCCGGGCCUGGACGGCACCAGCCCUUCUCGCUUGACCGAACCCGAGCGCGCCCGGGAGCGGCGCAGCCCGGAGCGGAGCAAGGAGCCGACCGAAGGCGUCAGGGACGGCAGGGAUGGCCUGUUCGGCCUGCGGAGCCUAGAGAAGGAGCGCGCUGAGUCCCGGAGAAAGGACGAGGGGCGCAAGGAAGCAGGAGAGGGCAAGGAGCCGGGCCUGGCGCCGCUGAUGGUGCAGACGGACAGUGCGUCCCCCCUGGGUGCCGGACACCUGCCGAGCCUGGCCUUCUCCGGCCACCUGCACGGGCAGCAGUUCUUUGGGCCGCUGGGGGCCGGCCAGCCGCUCUUCCUGCACCCGGGACAGUUCGCCAUGGGCCCCGGCGCCUUUUCCGCCAUGGGCAUGGGUCACCUGCUGGCUUCGGUGGCCGGCGGCGGCAAUGGCGGAGGGGGCGGACCCGGGACCGCCACGGGGCUGGACACAGGCGGGCUGGGUCCCGCAGCCGGCCCGGCAGGCACCACCGCGUCCUUCCCUUUCCACCUCUCCCAGCAUAUGCUGGCAUCUCAGGGAAUCCCGAUGCCCACUUUCGGAGGCCUCUUCCCCUAUCCCUACACUUACAUGGCAGCUGCUGCCGCAGCGGCCUCCGCUUUGCCAGCCACCAGUGCUGCAGCUGCCGCCGCUGCCGCCGCUGGCUCCCUAUCCCGGAGCCCCUUCCUGGGCAGUGCCCGGCCCCGCCUGCGCUUCAGCCCCUACCAGAUCCCGGUCACCAUCCCGCCUAACACUAGUCUCCUCGCCACGGGGCUGGCAGCAGAGGUCUCCAAGGCUGCUGGUGGCAACAGCCGGGAGCCCAGCCCCCUGCCCGAGCUGGCUCUCCGCAAAGUGGGGGCACCAUCCCGCAGUGCCCUGUCGCCCAGCGGCUCAGCCAAGGAGGUAGCCAGUGAACUGCAGAGCAUCCAGAGACUGGUGAGUGGGCUGGAGAGCCAGCGAGCCCUCUCCCCUGGCCGAGAGUCACCCAAAUGAGGGGCUGCCCAAGCACUCCGCUGCCACGCAGGCUUCCCAGGUUGCCUGUUUCUGCUGCUUGGGAAGUGUACUGCACAGAAUAGGUAUUUAUUUAAAUAAAGGCGCAAAAGUGGGCUGCAGCAGAUGGAAUAGAGCCCCAUCCGGUCAGCCGUGGCCUGGGACACUUCCCUGGAUCUCAACAUGGAAUCCAGCUCCCAGGAGCAUAAUCACUUUGGAGUCCCUGGACUAGGUCCAGAGCUGCUCCAACGUCAAGGUGGCAUUGGGCGAGGGCCUCUCAGGUCCCCCAGCGCUGUGGGGUUGACCUCAUUCCGGGCUCAGCAGCCCCCUCAGGAGCCUUCGGGGCCAGAGGUCAGGGGUGGGAGCUGCGGAUGGAGCCCCAGAGCCCGUGAUCUCGCGCCUGGAUGGAGUGAGAAGAGGGGUGGGGGGGCUGGGGGCUGUGAAGACUUAAGUCAGAGUAGACUUGAGCUGGGAGGGGACCUGUCAUUUUAGUCCCUCCACCUCCUCCUCCAAGGGACAGGCGCCCCUCCCACCCUUGGGUCAGUGGAGGGAGUGGCACUUCUACCUUGAGACCCCAGGGGAAAAAGAUAUUUAUGAAAUAAAUGGUAAUUUGUGUAAAUAAGCUUUAAGGUUCCCAGAAUAUGCAAAUUGGUAUUAAUUUAUUCAAAAGUGUACAUUGCUGUGUACAUAAUAUUUAGAGAUUAACUCAUAGCAUUUGAAUUUUUUUUUCAUUUUACAUGAGCAUCUAUAUUGUACAGGGCUGGGAGGGGUCCAUGGACGUGGGACAAGGUCCUGCGCCCCAGAGGAGCCCCACCCCGCCGGCCCCUCGGCCCCUCGGCCCCUCCGCGCGGGCUCCACCUCAGGUUUUCACUUUUCGCUACGGAGCGAGAACGAAAGGACAAAAACGCGACAAAACAAUAAAACGCUGCAAUGCGAAGUGAACGGC